CUUCAGUCCGGGGCUCGGUUGAACAGACUCACCAGGAAACGUGACUUUCGUGUCCGACCUCUGCUGUAUCAGGAUUCGAUUCUCGGUGUUAAACAAGACAACGCUGAAGGCUCGGUGCAGCAGCCCUGCAAAGGGAAUAUGAGGAGAGAAGCACGAUGGACGCAUGACUCAGCUGACUUUGGCACAGAUGAUACAGAACAAAAAUAACACAGCAGCAGUGAUGGGUUUUUCCAGCGCUCUUGGGAGGUGGGCUGUGCCACUCCCUGUCCCACCUGGCCCACCUGGCCCACCAUUACCUGAAGGGAAGCAUGAACAGCCUUUGACGUGGGAGUGGCAACUGCUGAGAGGGAACCGUCUGUACACAAGCAAUGUAGCCUUAUGGGACCCGAGUGGAGCCCCAACCCACGCAGGGCGUGUCUUCAUGGCUUUUCCUGGCCAAUCUGAUACCAAGAUGCAGUGGCAGAAGUACCUGCACUUCCACUCCUGUCAAGUCUCUGCAUGGCUAUGGUGAGGAAGAGCUCUGCACUGGGCAAGGAAGUUGGCCGUCGAGUGAAGGAAAUGGUGAUGCUGGUGGCCCCUUUCCUGCAGUCAAGUUCCCUAUCAAGGACAUUCAGUUCUCGGAAAGUGGUGAAGGCACACGCUUCCCUGCAUGGUGCCCGCCUCUCUCCACUCUCUAGAAAUAUUAGAGGCUAGGCUGCUGCUGUAUGUCAGGGCUAGUCCCUCUUCUAUGAAUCCAGAAUAACUCUGAAGAAGCCGAGUAACAGGCAUGAAGUGAAGAGAAAUCGCUGUAACAGGAAGACAGCAAAGCAGAUGCUAAUGACGACACUAUUUAACGAACUGGAACCAACGAGAAAAUACGGUAUUAUUGAAGACUGCACUUCCUUGAACAGAGUGCUCUUCUCAGCAAAUCGGAAAUGCCUACACAAAUCGCUUUACAAGAAGGACUGUUUCAAAGCAGCACCUUUCUCAAUGUUCUCGUUCAGGUGACAGUUCUUCUUGGUCUCAGCUCCAAUUUUAUUGUCAUUUUCAUCAAUAAGGAUACACAUCUCUGCCAGGAGUUGAACCUGUUGCUUGUCGAGGUGGUUAGUGUUUAUUUCAGGCAUCAUUACAAAAUGUCUGAUCUGUUCUAGAACACUAAUAUUAAAGGAAAAGAGAAAGAAAGGC